UUUCUAUGAAAAAUCAGCGGCUGUGAAGUCGUAAAUAAUUACCAUAAUAUUUAUGAAAGUUGCUUCGUUUGGUUGAUGAUUAGGAAACUAGAUACAAUCAAAGACAAAAGUUGUGUCACGGUUUUGUCCGCAGAUUAAAUAUAACUCGUGAAGCAUCAUGAGAGCCCUACCACAAGGCAGAGAGCACCACAAGUCUAGCCCUUCAGCAUAUGUUUUCACCAAAUUUCAUGACACGACUUUUGUCUUUCAUUAUACACACCACAUGGAUCGGGCCGCUGCUCUCACUUCCACAUAAAGCAUAAAAUUACUUCACAUAAAAGGCAGUAAUUAUUCAUUGGAAGAAACAUUCAAAAUACAAACUGAGGAGAAUAGGCUGUAUGACUUAGCAUAGUGAAGGUCCUGCAGUAAGAGAGAAGAGGCUGUUGCAUGGAGUUGGAAUACGAGGCCUAAACUUCAGUCAGUAAUGGAAAUGAUGCUCAAUAAAUCUGCACUUCUCACUUGCCAACAAACUCUAUUGAAAAACAUACUCUACUGUAACUUGUGUACAGCAUCAGUAGUACAGUCAAAACAAGCAUUGAAGCUAACAAGAAAAUUUUUGCUACAGAAUGAAGGCAAAAAAAGACGUGUAUGGCAUGAUGGCAGGAUAAUGACAGAUCCCUCUAGCCUGGUCCAAACACGUGGUAAUGGAGUGAAAUCAACUCAUCGACUUAGAGUUUUGAAUAAAGUUUUUUUAGACAAGAUAACCGACAUAAUGGCCACUGGAGAAGUGUCAGCGCAGCUAAGUGGUCUUGAUCUUGAAAUAUCCGAGGUCCGAGUUUUGCCAAAUUUACUGGGCAUCAAUGUGCAUUGGAUAUGCUCAGGUGCAAAUACCGACAAUCAUAUAGAAGCUGUACUUCAGAGGAAUGCUAAACCCAUUCGCCACGAAUUAAGUCAACAACGUGUCAUUGGUCAUGUACCUCCCAUCACCUUUGUGAAAGAUCAUCGAUUUUACAAACUACAAGAAGUGGAACAAAGGUUAUCAACAGCUGAUUUUGGUGAAGAUUUUGAACCAACUGACCCAACACACAAAUUCAAGUCUUCCCUUGCAUUGAACAUGACAUUGAACAGCAAUCUUAAGGAAGCCAUAAAGAUUCUGGAAGACAAAAACAAGGAUCCAUGUGUGGAUGCUCUCAAAAACUCAAUGUGUGCGCUGCCUCUAUCAGAUGAGUCGGCCAUAAAUAUACUCCCACAUGACCUGCCACCCAUGAGAGAUGACGUUCUUGGUGUUAAUACACAAAAUAUUUAUAGAAAGGUUCAUCAAGGAAUAAUAAAAGGACAAGCUAACCACCGGAAAAACACGCAGGAACAAGGGGUUUUAAAUACGACCAGUGUUUUGUCAAGAACCCAAGAAAUCCGUCAGUGGGCAAGUAAAUAUAAUUUGUUGCGGAAGAAAGAAUCCCGUAUUAAGAACAAAGUGGCAAAUUUGUUGAGGGCACCUCCUCGUUAUAUAGAAAAUGUUGAGGAAGAGGAAUAUAUCAAUGAAGAAGAUGAUUAUUUUGAAGAAUUUGACCUGGCUAAUGAUAUCAUGCAGAAGUAAUGAAUACAGUAGAACGUCUAUUUAAAGCGAUUCAAUUUAAAAUUAUUGGUUUAAAGCGACGCCCACAAUUAAGGACAAUGAUUUAAAUUAAAGCAAAUCUUUCCUAUUUUACACGAGUCAAUCUGGCGUCAUAUGGAAAUACACACUAUUUUAAAUUUCGCUCCAGACACCUCUCUGGGCACACUACACAGCUGCCCGCCACCCUUCCACAUCCUCAGUUCUCGCGCUGAUGCUCUAGUGAACGGACAUACUGUGUGACACUAUCUCUUCUACCACGUGUAUCAACUAUCGCCAUUAUGUCCAAGAGGCCAGCUACUACAUCAUUAACUACCCCAAAGACCAAGAAAUCAAGGCAAGCAAUCACACUGGAGCAGAAAAUCAAGGUGCUGGAGUCACUGCAUCAGCUGAUCAGCUAGUCCGCCAAUACAGUAAUUGGUUCUAUGUUUACAUUCGUUUCCAGUGAAGUAAAUA